AUGGUUUCCCUUGCCGUCACCUUCAGCGAGAAACUGAAGAUAGCGGGAGCUAAAACCGGUGGAGGGGACCAAAAGGUGGAACUCACUGUGGCCAUCAUCAAGGCCACCACCAGCCAGUUCCAUGUGAUGCCCAAGGAGAAGCACGUGCGGACACUGAAGCUGGCAGUGCACUCUGGCCAGCCUCGGCGCAAUGUGCUACACAUCAUCACCGAGCUUCAUCGCCGCCUGCAGGAUGCCAGCGACUGGCUGACUGCUCUUAAGACGCUCAUCACGUUGCACCGCUUAAUGCGGGAGACAGAGCCGUCAUUCAUGGAGGAGCUGGUGCGGUACAGUGAGGGUCUGUCACAAACCAGCCAUGGGGGUGUAGGUGGCGUGGCCGCUGCUCCUACCCGCCUUUUUUCCACCGACAACUUUGUGGACAGGACCAAGGGAGAGGGGCGGUUCGAUUUUUCGGAGUGGGUGCGGGCCUAUGGAAAGUACCUGGACGAGCAGCUCAGUGUCUAUGCCACGCUGCGGUGGUACGUGGAGCAGGAAGCCUCGGGAGCAGAGUCGCGUAUGCGCAGCUUGCCCCCUCGUGACCUGCUGUUCCAGCUGCCCAACCUGCAGCGCCUGCAGCGCCGCCUGCUGGACUGCAUGCCACGCGGUGCUGCCACGCACGACCCCGUCGUGCUGCUCUCGCUGUCUCUGAUAGUGAAGGAGAGCUUCAAGCUGUACAAGGCAGUGAGCGAGGGCAUCAUCAGCCUGGCAGAUGCCUUCUUUGAGAUGGAGCUGCAUGAUGCCACCCGCGGCCUCGAGUACUACAAGGAGGGCAUGGCAGCCAGCGACGCCCUCUCCGGCUACUACGCCACCAUCGAGCAGCUGGAGGAGAUCAAGCGCUUAAUGCAGCUGCCCAAGUUGUCCACACCACCCUCUGAUUUCUUGCGCUCCAUGGAGGCCUACCUGGCAGACGCGCCACGCCCACUGCCCGCAGAUGGCGAUGUGCCACUGCCUACCAAGCUCGCCCCUCGCACCAGGCUCCCGCAGGGGGGCUUCCAAGCUUUGCGGCGGCGGCGGCUGGCCUGCCAGUGCACGGCCGCCCCCGUGCGAGAGGUGCUAGAGGAGGGAAGCGCGGCCUUCAAGGGCGAGGUGCAGCCAGGCCUUAACAAGUACAGCAGCCACAUCACCCAGCCCAAGAGCCAGGGGGCCAGCCAGGCCAUGCUGUAUGCCACCGGGUUGCGGGAAGAGGACAUGAGCAAACCGCAGGUCAAGGCGGGGGUUGAGGAGGCAGGGCUGGUGGGCCUGCGAUUCAACACCAUCGGUGUCAGCGACGGCAUCUCCAUGGGCACCGACGGCAUGAGCUACUCCCUGCAGUCGCGUGACAUCAUUGCGGAUUCUAUUGAGACUGUGAUGAGCGCGCAGUGGUAUGACGCCAACAUCUCUCUCCCGGGAUGCGACAAAAACAUGCCGGGCACCAUUAUGGCCAUGGCCCGUGUCAACCGCCCCUCGCUCAUGAUCUAUGGAGGUACCAUCAAGCCUGGGUACAGUAAGCUAGGCGAUGGCGCCACACUGGAUGUUGUAUCUGCCUUCCAAUCGUUUGGUGGCUAUGCAGCGGGGCUGAUCACGGAGGACCAGCGCUGCGACAUCGUGCGCAAUUCUUGCCCCGGACCUGGUGCAUGCGGCGGCAUGUACACCGCCAACACCAUGGCUAGUGCCAUUGAGGCGCUGGGCAUGGCGCUACCCUACAGCAGCAGCACCCCCGCAGAAGACCCGCUGAAGCGGGUCGAGUGCCGGCUGGCAGGCAGGUAUGUGUUGGAGCUGCUACGCCGUGAUGUCAAGCCCCGUGACAUCAUGACUCUGGCUGCCUUUGAGAAUGCAAUGGUGCUGGUCAUGGCAACGGGUGGCUCCACUAAUGCAGUGCUGCACCUGAUCGCCAUGGCACGUGCCUGCGAGCUGGAUCUCACGCUUGACGACUUCCAGCGAGUGUCAGAUCGCGUGCCUUUCAUCGCUGACCUGAAGCCAAGUGGAAAAUACGUGAUGGAGGAUGUACAUAAGGUGGGUGGCACCCCCGCCAUCCUCAAGUACCUGCACCAGCACAACCUGGUGGACGGCACCUGCCUCACCGUGACUGGCAAGACCCUGGCUGAGAACCUGGCUACCUGCCCGGGACUGAGGGAAGGGCAGGAUGUAAUCCUGCCACUGGAUGCGCCCAUCAAGUCCUCCGGCCACCUGCAGAUCCUCUAUGGCAACCUGUCGCCAGAAGGCUCUGUUGGCAAGAUCACUGGAAAGGAGGGACUUGUAUUUGAGGGACGGGCGCUCUGUUUUGACUGCGAGGAGGACAUGCUGGCAGCACUUGAGCAGGACCAAGAGCAGUUCAAGGGCUCUGUGGUUGUGAUUCGAUACGAGGGCCCCAAGGGCGGGCCGGGCAUGCCUGAGAUGCUGACUCCCACCAGCGCAAUCAUGGGCGCCGGUCUGGGUAAUGAUUGCGCGCUCAUCACCGACGGACGGUUCAGCGGCGGCUCCCACGGUUUUGUGAUUGGCCAUGUGUGCCCAGAGGCACAAGAGGGUGGGCCCAUUGCCCUUGUCAAGAACGGAGACACAAUCCGCAUAGAUGCGGAGACGCGGGCAAUGGACAUCCUACAUGUUGACGAUGCCGAGCUGGCACGCAGGCGGACCGAGUGGACAGCGCCACCGCUGAAGGCUCGGCAGGGCACUCUGUAUAAGUACAUCAAAAGCCGGCUGACCGUGCGGCGCAUCAGCCUGGCGGUGCGUGCGGCUCAGGUAUCAUCCAACGACUUUAAGAAUGGGAUGACCAUUGAAAUGGAUGGCGCGCCGUACAAGGUCGUGGAAUUCCUGCAUGUCAAGCCGGGCAAGGGUGCAGCGUUUGUGCGCAGCAAGCUGAAGAAUUUCAUCACCAACAACACGGUAGAGAAGACGUGGCGGGCGGGGGAGACUGUGGAGCUGGCAGCGGUGGAAAAGAAGGAGACGCAAUUCACUUACGCGGAGGGCGACGAGUAUGUGUUCAUGGACAUGUCGACAUAUGAGGAGACACGCAUCCCUAGGGAUGAGGACUGGGCCAAGUACCUGAAGGAGGGCAUGGACGUGGGGGUGCUGCUGUGGAAUGGAAAGGUCAUUAGCGUUGAGCUCCCCAACACCGUGGAGCUGGAGGUGGUGGAGACAGACCCGGGACUGCGCGGCAACACGGCGGCCGGCGGCAGCAAACCCGCCAAGCUGGAGACGGGCGCGGUGAUCCAGGUGCCGCUGUUCAUCAACCUGGGCGACCGGUUAAAGGUGGAUACUCGUUCAGACACCUACCUGUCGCGCGCUAACUGAGGCGAACACCAGUUGUCGUUUUCACCCAGAUGCUGUUAAAAAGCAGAACCGCAGGCCUGGAAGGGCGUUUUUUUACGGUGACAGGGUCACCGUCACUGUAAGAACAAAAACGAGAAACUCGCACAGGAAAAAAGUGCCGAAUGCAAUGCAAUGCUCUUGUAAUGUCGCUGUUGCUGUUGUUGCCGUUCACAACUGUGUGUCCAUUGGGUAGCUUCCCAACACACGGAGGAAUGGAGCAAUCUCCUGCAGAUGUCGCAGCGCAUUCUGUGCCUGCGGCUCUGCCAAGGAGCCCACGAAGUCGAUGUAGAAGAGGUAAUUGAAGGAUCUCUGCGCCCCUGAUCCACUGGAUGCAUCUGACAGGAUGAGUGGAUUUGCCCGCAUUGGCCUUGACUCUAUUUUUGUCAUAUCUAUGUCGCGAAGCGCAAACACGCUCAGUGCCUUGAACAGCAUGCCGGGGCCCUCCCGCAGGCUGAACACAAUGGAUGUCUUGUAUGGCACAGAAGAGGUGAGGGCAUCGGUGGCCACCAGUGGGUCGCGUGAUAGCACAACAAAGCGAGUCACAUUGUCCUUCAUGUCCUGAAUGUCUUCAUCCAGCACGUCCAGCCCAUAGAGUUCACCCGCCCGCCGUGAUGCCACUGCCGCCGCAUCCCGCC